AUGUUCCCUCCCCACCCAGACCCCCACCCCAUCCCCACUGUCAACGUGACAGGUGCAGCACUGGGCUCAGAGUGCAGCCCGGGCUCUCCAGACACCGUGCACCUCCUGAUCUUCCUCGAGCUGCUGCUGCUGCGGACUGUCCGGGAGAACGUGUCCAGUACCCACUUCCUGCUGCUCCUGCCAGCUGCAGUGGCCGAGGCUCUUGAUGCUGCCUUCAUGCAAGUGCCGGGGGCGGCCCCAAGAAGAAACGCCUCGUCCAUCGCCUACGUCUUCCUGCUGGGCUUCGGGGACCUUGCGGAGGCGGGAGUGGGCCUGUUUGCCCUGUUCCUGGGCCUGUACGUGGUCACUCUGCUGGGGAACCUGGUGCUGAUGCUGGCCGUGAGGGCCAGCCCCCGCCUGCACACCCCCAUGUACACCUUCCUGUGCCACCUGUCCUGCGUGGACGUGGCCUACACCAGCAGCAUCGUGCCCCUGCUGCUGCGGGAGCUGCUGGCCGGGGGGGCCGCCGUGUCCUGGGCUGCCUGCGUGGCACAGCUGUACGUGGUGGGCGCCCUGCUGACCGCUGAGUGCUUCCUGCUGGCAGCCAUGUCCUACGACCGCUACCUGGCCAUCUGCCGGCCGCUCAGGUACCCCGUGCUCAUGGACAGCAGGGCCUGCGCCCGGCUGGCCCUGGGUGCCUGGGCGGGCGGCUUCCUCUUCCUGGGCGCCAUGCUGGCCCCGCUGGCCGCCCUCACCUUCUGCGGCCCCCACCUCAUCAACCACUUCUUCUGCGACUACUUCCCGGUGGUGAGGCUCUCAUGCUCUGACACGGCGGCGCUGGAGAAGGCGGCCCUGGCCUCCUCUGUCCUCUCGCUGUCCCCUUUCUGCUGGACCCUGCUGUCCUACGGCUGCAUCCUGGCCUCCAUCCUUAGGAUCUCGUCCUCGGCCGGGAGGCAGCGUGCCUUCUCCACCUGCUCGUCCCACCUGAUCGUGGUCAGCGUGUUCUACGGCACCCUCAUGGCGGUGUACAUGACGCCGCCCUCGGAGACCACCCUCAGCCUCAACAAGGUCUUCUCGCUGCUCUACACGGUGCUCACACCCCUCCUCAACCCCCUGGUCUACAGCCUGAGGAACAGGGACGUGCAGGCCGCCCUCAGGAGGGGCGCCCAGCUCCACUGCCUGGGCCGGCCCGGAGACUAG